UUUCAGAGAAAUAGACUUCUUUUUUCUAGUAUUCCUGCAAAAAAAAGCCCUCUUGAAUAUUUGUAAUGUUUUUUGAGCAUUGGUAAUUCACUAUACUUUAUUUUGUUUACGUAUCUUAUAAAAUCCUGUAUCUAUUAUGAAUAGAGUAAAAGGUAGAAAUUUGUUCAUAAUUCAUUUGUUCAUCCAAGAAAUUUUUCUAAGACACACUAUGGAUUGUUUAGCUUUUUUCGGAAAGAAAAGAAAUUCAGCUCUAGCAUGUUCUGUCCACAUAGUGUGAAGUUGCCAAGUCUAUAAUUGACAGUUGUAUGUAGCCAUAAGUAGUGAAGAAACAUAGCUUAUUUCUCAUUGAAAGUUAAGUGUUUUGUGUGAUUAGUUAUUUUUGCUUUUCUUGCCUUUUUUUCCUUCUUGAUGCCAUGGUGUCUGAUGGACCAGUUUCAUUUUUCUUUGUUUGCCAUUUCCUCCCCAAUUCCUGCAGUUGAAAGGCCAAAUGAACAAACAUGGGUGUUUUUUUUUUUUUCUCAACCAAUCAUGCGGCAGUCAUUUCUCUACAAAAUACUUGGCUUAGGGGAUAAAAAGAGCACAGAACAAAAAAAAUAAACAAAUUAAUCGUGUGCAGCUGGGCUGACUAUAUCCUUUUUCAGAAACUGGUCUGAGUAUAAACAAGAAGUAGUACCUACAUAGGGAAAAAAAGUUUAGUUCUUGUACUAGACAAAAAGAGAACCAUAUUUUCAGAGUACUUUUUUUCUGACUUUUCUGACAGUAAGUAAAGUGAGUAGACAUGGUUAAAAAUCAAUCUAUUUUUCGUACAAUAUUGAUGCUUCCAGUAUUUAUGUUUAGAUUGAAGACUUUUACUGUUUUUCUUUUUCUUGUGUGGAUAUAGCAUUAGAAUAUAGGAAAGUAGUAAAAAUUUACUUUAUCUCAACUGAAGGAGAAUUAUUGGGAUAUUUUGAUAUACAAAUUUGACAUAAUAUUUAAACUUAGUGAUUCUAAAAACUAGAAAAAAUAUUUUCUGUUUAUUUGGAAGUAUUUGGGAAAAAUUACUUUCCUAUGUAACUUCUGCUUUCUCUCUUAUAUAAACUUAAUUCUGUUUCCUGAGUUAUUCAGAGACUUCAGAAUUCAGAAAUUUCAGAGAAAUGUUUUAUUUUUCCUGUGCCUUAGAAUCAAUUUUCAAGAAAUUUGAGUUUGUAUUAUAAUCCACAGCCUCGUUCUUUUUUAAAAGUCCUUUACUUCAAUGUGAAGGUAAAAUGGGUAUAAAGCAGAGAAGUCUGUAUCAGCAAACUCGAGUGCUUCUGCACAAGAAUCUUCUUAUGAAAUGGAGAAUGAAAAUAAAUAGCUUGUUGGAAUGUGGCAUCCCAGUACUUCUAGGAGUAUAUAUGAGUACAAUUGCACAUUUUACAUACAAUAUACAUUUUUCUGGAAAGCCUCCUGAGAACCUGGGAAGGCUAGAUCAAUUUAAUAGCUCUUCUAUGACAGUUGUAUAUACGCCAAUCUCUAAUACAACCCAGAAGAUAAUGAAUAGAAUAGCACUUUCUCCUUUUAUGAAAGGAGCAAGUAUCAUUGGGACAGCAAAUUAUACCUAUAUGGAAGAUAUAUUUCAGAAGCAUCUUCCAAAUUCAUUGGGAAUCAUCUUUAAUGACAUUUUCUCUUACAACCUAAAAGUUGAAGACUAUUCAGUUCCAAUGGUUGAAAAAAGUUUAUCAGAUUAUUGCUUUGAUUCGCAUGAUGAUUCUUUAUGUGAAUCGUCCCUAUAUUGGAAAGGAGGUUUUGUGGCUUUACAAACUCUCAUAAAUGCUGUUAUUAUAGAAAUGACAGCAAACCACUCUGUGAUGGAGGAGCUGAUGUCUGUUACAGCUAUAAACAUGAGGGCAUUGCCUUCUAUUUCCAAACACAGCUUUCAAAAUGAAGUGUUUAUUUUGUUCUGUUUAUUUUACUUCAUAUCAAUUAUAUAUUUUCUAUCACUUAAUGUUACAAGAGAGAGAAAAAAGUACAAGGAUAUGAUGAAAAUCAUGGGACUAUAUGACUCAGCAUUCUGGCUCUCCUGGGGCUUACUUUAUGCUGGCUUUGUCUUCAUUUUUUCCAUAUUCAUUACAGUUAUCAUAACAACUACCCAAACUAUAGUUAUGACUGGCUUCAUCGUCAUAUUUACACUUUUUUUCUUAUAUGGCCUAUCUUUGAUAGCCUUAUCAUUCCUGAUGAGUGUUUUGUUGCAGAAAGCUGCCCUUACCAAUUUUAUAAUGUUUCUUAUUACUCUCUUUUGGGGCUGUGUGGGAUUCACUGCAUUGUACAAACAACUUCCUUCAUCUCUGGAGUGGAUUCUGAGUAUUUGUAGCCCUUUUGCUUUUACUUCUGGAAUGAGUCAGAUUAUUCAUCAGGAUUACAACUUCAAUGGUGUCAAUUUUUUUGACCCUUCAGGAGAGUCCUAUGUAAUGAUAGCAAAAUGCUCUAUUCUGGUUUUCGAUGGUGUAGUUUACUUGCUAUUGGCAUUAUACUUUGACAAACUCUUACCCUAUGGAAGUGAUCUCCACCAUUCUCCAUUGUUUUUCCUGAAUUCAUCAUUUUGUUUCCAACAUUGGAGGACUAAAAAUAAUGUUCUUGAGGAAAACCUAGAUCCUGAACAGCCCUCUGAUGAUUACUUUGAGCCUGUAGCUCCUGAGUUACAGGGAAAAGAAGCCAUCAGAAUCAGAAAUGUUAAAAAGGAAUAUAAAGGAAAAUCUGGAAAAGUGGAAGCAUUGAAAGGUUUGCUCUUUGAUAUAUACGAAAGUCAAAUCACAGCAAUUCUGGGUCACAAAGGAGCUGGCAAAUCUUCACUACUAAACAUCUUUACUGGACUAUCUGUUCCAACAGAAGGCUCAGUCACUAUCUACAAUAAAAAUCCCUCUGAAAUUCAAGACUUGGAGGAAAUCAGAAAGAGAACUGGUGUUUGUCUUCAACAUAAUGUUCAGUUUGACAUACUUACCUUAAAGGAAAACCUCAGGCUGUUUGCUAUAAUAAAAGGGAUCCAUCCACAGGAAGUGGAACAAGAGGUACAACAAAUUUUAUUGGAGUUUGACAUGCAAACUAUUCAGGAUGACCGUGUUGAAAAUUUAAGUGAAGGACAGAAAAGAAAGCUGACCUUUGGGACUGCCAUUUUAGGAGAUCCUCAAAUUUUGAUCUUAGAUGAACCAACUGUUGGGCUGGAUCCCUUUUCAAGGCAGCAGGUGUGGAGCUUCCUGAAGGAACAUAGAGCAAAUCGGGUGAUCCUCUUCAGUACCAAGUAUGUGGAUGAGGCAGACAGCCUUGCUGAUAGAAAGGUGAUAAUGUCCCACGGGAAACUGAAAUGUGCAGGCUCUUCCAUCUUUUUGAAGAGAAAAUGGGGCAUUGGAUAUCACCUAAGUUUACAUAGGAAUGAAAUAUAUGAUCCAGAAAAAAUAACAUCCUUUAUUAAGCAUCACAUCCCUGAGGCCGAAUUAAAAACAGAAAACAAAGAGAAGCUUGUGUACACUUUGCCUUUGGAAAAGACGAGUAGGUUUCCAGAUCUCCUCAGUGAUCUAGAUGCAUAUUCUGGUCAGGGUAUAAUGAGUUGUGACAUCUCUAUAUCAACUCUGAAUGAAGUCUUCAUGGAUCUAAAUAGAAAAUCCACUACCGAAAAAGAUUUUGAACAUUCAGAAAUGCCAAGAGUCUCAGAGAGCGUAAAUGAAACAGAGCAAGCUUGCCCUUCUCUUCUCCAAAUGCGGAAGGCAGUGAGUGACCUGCGCCUCUGGAGAACACAGGUCUGCGCGAUAGCCUGGCUCCGAUUCUUAAAACUAAAACGUGAGAGGAAGUCACUUUUGGCCUUGCUACUCAUACUUGCAAUUCCAUUUUUACUUUUGAUUGUGGAACUAAUACUUUUGGCUGUGCAAAAUAACCAGAACUUGGAAUUUAAGACGGGAUUGUAUUUCCUGUCUCCUGGACAAGUUCCUCAGGAUCUCUGCACCAGUCUGUUGAUCAUCAAUAACACAGAUUCAAAUAUUGAAGAUUUUAUUCAGUCACUAAAGCAACAAAAUAUACUUGUGGAAGUAGAUGACUUUGAAAACAGAAAUGGCACUGAAAGUCUCUCCUAUAAUGGAGCCAUCAUAGUUUCUGGAAAACAAAAGGAUUAUAGAUUUUCAGUUGUGUGCAACACCAAGAGGCUGCACUGUUUUCCUGUCCUUAUGAAUAUCAUCAGCAAUGGACUACUUCAUAUGUUCAACCAUACACAGCAUAUUCAAAUCAAAAGAAAUUUAUUUACUUUUGCCGAUAUCAUCAUCUGGUUUGGGUUCGAAGACUUCUUGUUGUUGUUUUCAAUAGUUUCCUGUAUUUCUCCUUACAUUGCCAUGAGCAGUGCUACUGAUUACAAAAAAAAAGCUGAUGCUCAGCUAUGGAUUUCAGGCCUUUACCAUUCUGCUUAUUGGUUUGGGCAGGCAGUGAUAGAUGUUACCCUGUUCAAUUUCAUUAUCAUGUUAACAUAUGUAAUCUUCUACGUAACAAAAAUGAAGGGUUCUUCCAUUACAAGUCGAGUUGUAUUUGCUACGGUUGCUUAUUCUUUUGGUUAUUCAGCUUCUCUGAUCUCCUUGACAUAUGUGAUAUCAUUUACAUUUUGCAAGAGGAAGAAAAACAGCAGCCUCUGGUCACUUUGCUUUUGUAUUUUCUUUAUAAUCACCGUCUACUUCUGGACAGUCUUUUACUUGGACCUAAGUAUACUCAUUCCCAGCAUGAUAUUGGUUCCUACCGCUUCCUUGUGUGGAUAUCUGUUCUUUGUGGCAGAGAGAUCCUACUAUUACUCCAGAGAACUUUCUGAAGUAGUAUCUGACGUUAGAGGAACUGAUUUGCUAAUCUGCCUAAUACCUUUCUUCCAGACUUUGGUAUUUAUUUUUGUACUAAGAUGGAUGGAACUAAAAUAUGGAAAGAAAGUAAUACGAAAGGAUCCUAUUUUCAGAAUUGCUCCCCAAAGUCGAGAUGUUCACCCAAAUCCAGAAGAAAUUGUGGAUGAAGAUGAAGAUGUUCAAGCAGAAAGAACAAGGACAUCAACUGCCCUGACAGUUUCAAACUUAAAUGAGAAGCCAAUCAUAAUUGCCAGCAGUCUACAUAAAGCGUAUGCAGUUCAGAAGAAAAGAUGCUUUACAAAGUCAAAGAAGAAAAUAGCAACCAGAAAUAUCUCUUUCUGUGUUAACAAAGGUGAAAUUUUGGGAUUGCUAGGACCCAAUGGGGCUGGUAAAUCUUCCUCCAUUAGGAUGAUUGCUGGGAUCACAAAGCCAACAGCUGGAGAGGUGGAACUGAAAGGAUUCAGGUCCGUCGCAGGUGACCAGGGAAAUAACACAGUCAGCUUCCUGGGCUACUGUCCUCAGGAGAACGUGCUGUGGCCACUCCUGACGACGAAAGAUCACCUGGAGGUGUAUGCCGCUGUAAAAGGACUGCAGAAAGGGGAGGCUGCCAUUGCCAUUUCACGAUUAGUGAAUGAUUUCAGGCUACAUGAUCAGCUGAAUGUUCCAGUGCAGAAAUUGGCUACUGGGGCCGCAAGAAAGCUGUGUUUUGUGCUGAGUAUCUUGGGAGAUUCACCUAUCCUGCUUCUGGAUGAACCUUCAAUUGGCAUAGAUCUAACAGAGCAGCAACAAAUGUGGCAGACUAUUCGGACAGCUGUUAAAACCACAGAACAAUGUAUUCUCCUGACUACCCACAACCUGACUGAGGCUGAGGCUCUCUGUGACCGGGUGGCCAUCAUGGUUUCUGGAAAGCUGAGAUGCAUCGGCACCAUCCCACACCUGAAAAGGAAAUUUGGCAAGGAGUACAUUCUAGAAGUAAAAGUGAAGGAGGCUACUCAAGUACCAUCAGUCCACAUGGAGAUUGUGAAGCUUUUCCCACAGGCUGCAAAACAAGAAAGGUACCCCUGUUUAUUGACCUAUAAGCUGCCUGUAGCUGAUGUUUACCCUUUAUCUAAGGCCUUUCACAAAUUAGAAGCAGUGAAACAAAAUUUUAACCUGGAAGAAUAUAGCCUCUCUCAGUGCACACUGGAAAAGGUAUUCUUAGAACUUUCUAAGGAGCAAGAGCUGGAAAGUAUUGAAGAACCUGAUAAAACCAUGAGAUGGAAACACCUUUCUCAUUCAGAUGAACCUUAAAACCUCAAGCCAAAUAAUUUUUUGUUCCUAUAAAAUUACAUUUAUGUAACCUUGAAGUGUGUAUAAUUAAAUAGAUCAGCUAACAUUAAUAUCAAACAUAUAUUUUAGGUUUAACCAAUAAAGCCAGACAUUGAUCAUUAUGAAAA